AUGGUGAUUGGAUCUAUAGGGGCCAUGGCUCAUGGUGCAGGGAUGCCAGCCAUGAUCAUUGUCUUUGGGUCAAUGACGGAUUCAUUUGUAGAUAUAGGGCAGUACACCGCCAUCCUUGAAGUGAUUGCUGAUUUCCUGACAAAUGUUGGGCUUACACAAGCAGCUUGUAUUGCCAACCCAAGCCUUCUUAGGUAUAAUAUCCCGUACAUAACUGAUAUUGGGAAUAACUACAGCACUGUGGACACUAAUAUCAUCCAAAAACAGAUAGACACAGACUUUCUGGGACAAAUGAGAACAUUUUCUCUAUAUUAUGUCGGUAUUGGCUGUGGAGUUAUCCUUCUUGGUUAUGCUCAGGUGGCCUUCUGGUCUUUAGCUGCUGAAAGACAGAGCCACAGGAUCAGAAAAAAGUUUUUUCGUAAUGUGAUGAGACAAGACAUGACUUGGUUUGAUACCCAUGACUCCGGUCAGUUGAACACGAGGCUAUCAGAUGAUAUAAACAAGAUCCAUAGUGGCAUAGGGGACAAGUUGGGAACAUUCCUGCAGUUCUUCUCAAGCUUUCUGACUGGAAUAACCAUUGGCUUUGUAUAUGGAUGGAAACUGACCUUGGUUAUAUUGUCAGUCUGUCCAAUUAUCAUGGUUGCAGCAUUUGCUUUCAAUAAGAUUCUCACAUCUGUAACAGGAAAUCAGCUCCUUGCCUAUGCUCAAGCUGGAUCUAUAGCAGAAGAGGUGCUUAGCUCCAUAAGAACUGUUGUGGCAUUUGGUGGGGAGAAGAAAGCUAGUCAAAAAUAUAGUGAGUCACUUUCGGAGGCACGCGACUUUGGUAUCAAAAAGGCCUUAGGGAAUGGCGUAUCCAUGGGUGUUGUAUACUUUGUCAUAUUCUGUGCGUAUGCUCUGGCCUUCUGGUAUGGAGCCAAAGUCUCUCGGGAAGAACCAGACACCUAUUCCAUUGGGAAAGUGCUGAUUGUGUUUUUCUCUGUGCUGAUUGGUGCAAUGUCUUUAGGAACUGGACUUCCUAAUCUCCAAGAUUUCACUGAGGCCAGAACUGCUGCAUAUACAAUCUACCAGCUAAUUGAUCUGACUCCUACCAUUGACAGCAGUUCAGAAGAAGGAAAGUCCCUUGACCAUUUAGAGGGAAACAUUGAAUUUCAAGAUAUAGAAUUUCGCUAUCCAGCACGACCAGAGGUCAAAGUCCUUGACAAGGUUGAUCUUGAUAUUAUGAGAGGACAGACAGUGGCGCUUGUUGGGUCCAGUGGAUGUGGUAAAAGUACAAUGGUACAGCUUAUACAGAGGUUCUACGAUCCUGAGGGUGGACAGGUAAUGAUCGAUGGUAUAAACCUAAAGGACCUGAAUCUGAAGUGGCUUAGACAACACAUUGGUGUGGUCAAUCAGGAACCAGUCCUGUUUGCAACUACCAUUGAGGAAAAUAUCCGGUAUGGAUGGGAUGGGGCCACCCAGGAUCAAAUCAUAGCAGCAGCCAAAAUGGCCAAUGCACAUGACUUCAUAAUGCAGCUUCCAGAGAAAUAUGAGACACUGGUUGGGGAGAGAGGAGCCCAGCUGAGUGGUGGUCAGAAGCAGAGAGUAGCUAUCGCCCGUGCUCUGGUCAGAGAUCCACGAAUUCUUUUGCUUGAUGAGGCCACUUCAGCCCUCGACACCGAGAGUGAGGCUGUUGUACAGGAGGCCCUUGAUAAGGCUAGAGCAGGAAGAACUACAGUUGUUGUAGCCCAUCGUCUUUCCACCAUCAAAACUGCAGACACAAUUGCUGGUUUCAAGGAAGGAGCGAUCGUAGAGCAGGGCACCCAUGAGCAGCUGAUGCAGAAAGGGGGAGUGUAUCAUCAACUUGUCACAUUACAGACCAAAAAACAUGAUGCUGGAGAGGAUGAAUUGAUUGAGGAGUACACAACACCAGAAAAAAAAUCAUCUAAAGUGCUGAAGACCCAGAAGUCUGUUGUGGAUGCCAAGACAUUGGAAGCUUUGAAUGUAAACAGUGAUGCAGACAAAGAAAAGAAAGAUGAAGAUUUGCCAGAACCCUCCUUCAAGAGAAUAAUGCGACUCUGUGCUACAGAGUGGUAUCUCAUUGUUGUUGGUUGUUUUGCCAGUUUAUUGUUUGGAGGAGUUCAGCCAUGUUUUGCUAUUAUAUUUUCCAGUAUCAUCACUGUGUUUGGUAACACAGACUACAGCUACCAGGAGACAGAGAUAAGAAAAUAUGUCCUCAUCCUGAUCGCCAUUGGAGUAGGUGCUCUUAUCGCCUUGUCUCUACAGAGCUACAUGUUUGGGAAAUCAGGUGAAAUUCUGACAAUGAGGCUAAGGAAAAUGGCGUUUGAUGCUAUGAUGCGACAGGAUAUGUCCUAUUUUGAUGAUCAAAAGAACAGCACAGGAGCUUUGACAACUCGUUUGGCAACUGAGGCAUCAGAGGUUCAUGGGGCUGCUGGCAUUACCAUAGGGAAAGCUAUAGAGGCUUUGGCAAAUAUUGGAACAGCAAUUAUCAUAGCCUUCAUUUAUGGGUGGAAACUGACCCUGGUCAUCCUGGCUUUUAUUCCACUGAUGGCUGUGUCUGCAGGGUUACGGAUGAGGAUUUUAACUGGUGUUGCAGGAAAGAAUAAAUUAGCGCUAGAAGAAGCUGGUAAAGUUGCUACUGAGGCUAUAGAAAACAUGAGAACAGUGGCUGGACUUUCUAUGGAAGACAAAGUGUAUGUUCUUUACCUUAAGAAUUUGGAGCAACCGUACAGAGAGGCCAUCAGGAAAUGUCACUUGACGGGAUUGGCUUUCUCUAUAUCACAGGCUAUGCUUUACUAUGCAUACGCAGCUGCAUUUUACUUUGGUGCUUAUUUGAUCAGCGAAAAUGAAAUGGAGUUUGGAGAUGUAUUUAGAGUUUUUUCUGCAGUUGUAUUCGGUGGUAUGGCCCUAGGACAGGCAAGUUCUUUUGCUCCCGAUGCCUCUAAAGCUAAGGUUGCUGCAUCUCAUAUCUUUGCCUUGUUGGAUCGUGUGCCGAAAAUUGACACAGAGUCCGAAGCUGGUAGCAAACCAGCCAAUUUCACUAGUAAAAUAUCCUUCGAAAAUACAAAGUUUUGUUAUCCUUCUCGACCAAAUGUGCAAGUUUUACAAGGACUAACCUUAGAAGUGUCCUCUGGUGAAACCCUGGCAUUAGUAGGGUCCAGUGGAUGUGGCAAGAGCACCACAGUACAACUUAUAGAGAGGUUUUAUGAUCCUGAUGAUGGAUUGGUGAAAUUAGACUCCUACGAUUUGAAGGAUCUCAAUGUACAGUGGCUACGAUCACAAGUUGGCAUCGUAUCACAGGAACCAAUACUAUUUGACAGCAGUAUUGCAGAAAAUAUAGCUUAUGGUGACAACUCCCGGGUGGUUGGUAUGGAUGAAAUCAUUUCUGCAGCCAGAAGUGCCAACAUUCAUCAGUUUAUAGAAUCCUUACCCAACGGAUAUGAAACGAAUGUUGGAAGCAAAGGGACACAACUCAGUGGUGGCCAGAAACAGCGUGUAGCCAUUGCUCGGGCCCUGGUGAGAAAUCCUAAGAUCCUAUUGUUAGAUGAAGCAACAUCAGCCCUUGACACAGAGAGUGAGAAGAUUGUACAGGAAGCCCUAGACAAGGCCAGAGAGGGACGGACUUGUAUUGUUAUCGCCCAUCGUCUGUCUACCAUCCGCAAUGCUGACAAAAUCUGCGUCAUCAAGCAUGGUCAGGUGGCAGAAGAGGGUCGUCAUGGUGAUCUUAUGUCCAAGCAAGGACUCUACUUUAAACUCAAUACUGCGCAGAGUCGUCAGAAAUAA